CAUAUGGUCAAGCAAAAAUUGUCCAUUUUGUUCCUCUUGGCGCUAAAAAAUGUCAUCUCUUUCGACGGCCCAUCACCGCCCUUUACGCUUUACCCCCCUUCUAAUCCCUUGAUCAAAAAUCCUCCGACACUUCUCAAACGCCAUUUUCCAAACUCACUUUCAAUAUCAUAACUCCCGAAUCUUCUAGAAACCAUGGAUCAACAACCUACCAAGUCGUCUCAGGCCACCGACCACAAUAACAAGCCUGAACCACCGACCGAGGCCCCCCACCCGAAGCCCGAUCCGAGUCAGAAACUCGCGGACACAGCCGAGACAGCCAAUGGAGACAACAAUAACAACUGGCAAAGUAUCGAAAUGGAAUCUGAGUCUCAGAAAACUGAUACUCAAGCUGAAACUCAUAAUAAGAUUCAUACGGAAAAGUGUACCAAUCAGCCGGAACUGUCGCCUACGGUGUCCGUUUCAAAGAAAUCGGUCCACUGGAGCCCCGACUUGGUGACCGAAUCACGCGCUCCUAAUACUGGUAAUUACGAUUAUAACAUGCCUGAUCGUGACAGAUCCAAUCCUUAUGUUACUCACAGCCCGGCCGCACCGUCCUCUUCAUUUUCUUUUAAAGAUGCGAUGGUGAAUGUGAAAGACGUGCUCGGGCGGUGGAGGAAGAGAGUUGGAGAAGCAACAAGAAAAGCUGAGGAUCUAGCAGGAAACACGUGGCAGCACUGGAAAUGCACUGAGACACUGGGCACAUUGCAAUGCAUGCUGAAAACUGCCCCAAGUUUUGCUGAUGCUGCAAUGGGAAGACUAGCACAGGGAACAAAGGUUCUGGCAGAAGGUGGUCAUGAGAACAUCUUUAGACAAACUUUUGAGACCGUUCCUGAGGAGAAACUUCAAAAUUCAUAUGCUUGUUACUUAUCCACAUCAGCUGGUCCAGUGAUGGGAAUCUUAUAUGGAUCUACGGCCAAGCUUGCAUUCGGCAGUGACAAUCCGCUUUCUUAUAAAUCUGGUAGUCAAAUAGAAUGGAGCUAUUAUAAGGUAGUUAUUCCAUUACACCAGCUUAAAGCAGUCAAUCCUUCAGCAAGCAGAAACAAUCCUGCUGAGAAAUAUAUACAGGUUAUUUCUGUUGAUGAUCAUGAGUUCUGGUUCAUGGGCUUUUUAAAUUACAAUGGUGCUGUGGAGUUCCUGCAGGGAAUCUUGCAGACCCGUAACAUGGAGACUGUUUGACACUUGAGACGGCUCAAGUUUUUACUCUAAUGUAAGAUGUUAUUUAUUUAUGCAACCACCAAGUAGUGCAGCUUGUCUCUGGAAAUGGCACUAGGUAUUGUCGAGAUAAUGUCUGGAAUAUUUUUCAGUUAUAUUAGUCAAUAUGGUUGUAAUUUAUGCGUUCAACUUUUGUCAGGGAGCUUUAUAUUGUAUUGAAUCAUAUACAUAUUUAGUGAAAUUUUCAUUUGUUUC